CAGCAGCUCAAGACAGAUUUCAAGAUGUGGAACUCUCGCUCCGUGUUUUGGUUUUCUCUGCUCCUCUGUGGCCUGCUUGGUGAAUGCUUUGGAAUCGCUCUUGCUCCCAAGGACAAACGUGGCUGGACCCUGAACAGUGCUGGCUACCUUCUGGGACCCCCAAUUUCUCCCUUCUACUUUCCUCUCCCCAAAGCAGAUGUCCAGCAGCCGGUGUCCAAUAAAGGAGGCCUGGCUGGUAAGCGAGAGGCUAUGGAGGACCUGUAUUCACUAGGGCAAGAUUCCUUCGCACAUGCUGCCCGCACUUUGGAUGACGGCACUCUCCAAAUCCUGGUGGAUUUUCUUUCCUACCUGAACCUCCGAGAUCAAAGAACUCUUUCCCACCUGUCCCUCCCGCUGUCGGAAGAGGCCAUGCAACAGUAG